AAGGAAAGAGAAUAUUUUGGCUUCUAUGGCUGUAUAAUUAAUCUUACUAUCCCUUAUAUAAAAUAAUAAGCUUUUAUCCUUAUGCAAACAACCAAAUAAGUUAAUAACCAAAAAAUUUAUAGCUCUGAUUAAACAAUGGUUGUAAUUAAUUCCGCUAUGGACACACGUCGAGACGUAGACGCCCAUAGCAAAUAUUAUUUGCCACGCCUGCAUCUUCCACGGUUACUUAAUCUUCAAUCGUUACUCCCCUAAUUAAUCACUGCAUUAAACAAAUAAUUAUUUUUAUAAGCUUUGUUGGGCUGUACCAUCCGCUCUUUUCGAUCGAUGCUCGAAAUAUUGUUAAUAUAUACUAAUUAACAACUUUAAUUCAUCUACACACGGAAUUAAACCAAGUUUACUGAGACCAAUAAUAUAUAUAAAUGUUAUGGCUCGAUGUAUGUAACAUUUAUACGGCCUUAGUUUUUCGACGAAACAAGCUUAGUGAAAAAGAGGACGAUGAUGAAGAUCAACAACAUGAACUACGUUGAGACUCUCGUAGCUUUUAUCGUCGGUGCGGCUGCGACGGGGGCACUCGUAGUGUUCUUCUCAUAUGCGAAUUUCGGUGAGGUGUCAUUGAUGGAGGUUUCGUCGAGAAGCAACGGAACUCGAAUGAGUUCGAGUGAUCAGCUAGUUAGCGAGGCGAAGAUCACGAAUUCGACUAUAGUAGUUCGCGAAGCACCGAGUGAAGAGGAAAAGUUUGAGAAUUUGCGCCCCUUGUUAAAUAGAGCAGCUACCGACGAUCGGACGGUCAUGCUAACCUUCGUUAACGCGGCAACUGCAGCAGAGGAUUCUCUCCUCGAUCUGUUUCUCGAGAGUUUUCGAGUCGGAGUGAAUACCGAAUGCCUGCUGAACCAUCUAAUUAUUGUGGCGUUGGAUCAGAAGGCAUUUGAUAGAUGCCAGACUAUACACCCUCACUGCUACUUCCUGGAGGUCGAAGGCGAAAACUUCACUUCCGAAAAGUUUUUCGGGAGCAAAGGCUUCCUCAAACUCGUCUGGAUCAAAAUCAAGUUCCAGCAGCACAUCAUAGAGCUCGGUUACAACUGCCUUUCCACGGAUGUCGAUAUUUUGUGGUUCCGAAAUCCAUUUCGACACAUUACGGUCUACGCUGAUUUAACCGUAUCAAGUGAUAUGUUCUUUGGAGAUCCUGAUAAUCUCUGGAAUUUCCCGAAUACGGGACUAUUAUACAUGAAAUCCACUAAAAAGAAUGCCGAGGCACUCGAGUACUGGUACGAAGCUCGGGAGCGAUUUCCUUCUAUCAAUGAGCAAAAUGUCUUUAACAAAAUCAAGCGCGAAUUCAUCUACAAGUUCCAGCUCAAAAUCCAGUACAUCAGCACGGAUUUUUGCGGCGGAUUCUGCAACCGCGGGAAGGAUAUGAACAAGAUUUGCACAAUGCACGCAAACUGCUGUGUCGGUCUCCGAAAUAAGAUUCACGAUCUAAGGAACAUCCUUGCGGAUUGGAAGAACUUCACAUCUCUACCUGAUGAGAUCAAGAAAACUGGCCAAUUUACUUGGAGAGUUCCGGGUAGGUGUAUUCACUGAAAAAGUACCAUACAAAUUAAGGAUCGAUGAGCAAAGAAUAUAUUAUUAAGCAAUUAUUAGGCUUGAUUCUCUAUCUUUUUCAAAAUUAAUGAUUCUUGAGCAAUCUAUCAUUAUGGAGAUGAUUUGUAAGUUAUUUUCAACACAGAGUCAUGAUUGUAUUAAGGUAAUUUUUCGAUUUAACUUUA